GCAUGUAGAUGUUGCUUGGUGACGGUGAUGGCGCUGAAGACCCACCGCAGCAGACUGCACAGCAGGUGCCCGUGUGAUGCACCCACAAUACAAUCCAUUUGCACUGACACACACAAUGAAUUGAUGGGCUGUGGCUGGCGUGUUGUCUGUCUGCAUGUGUGAUGCCCUGUCCGUUCUGCAGCAGUCGAAUGUGUCUUUGCCGCUGUGGAAGGUGCCGCCCGACACCCUCUCGACCAUCCUCAGCCCACUGCUCUGCACGCAGUUCAUCAUCGGCACACUCUCACUCGUCCGCAAGGCCUUCACGACCAUCGCCAACGACCCCUCCACACACCACCACGUCCGCAUCCAGACUGUCAAGCCCAUCCAUCUCACCGACACGCAGCUCCGUGUCUGGUGCCUUCGACUCAGUAAGACCAAGCGUGCGGUGAUCACCUGCCCGAUGACGGAGAGCAUGGUGCGCCUGGUCGAGGGCAUGCGGAACACGCUGACGUUCCUGGAGAUGAACGAGCCGGCGUCACGGCUGUGUACCCCGUUCCCAGGAGGCUGUCAGAUGAGCGAGAGAGACCGCUGGUGGACUUUCCGGUGCUUGGCGAGGUGCGGGCGGGCGGCAUGUGGGUGCAGGCGGCGCCUCGCAAGCGAUGGGCACUCAAGUGAGCGAAGACACGACCCACACCAGCCAGGCGCAUCUGUGGGCGGGCCUCAUAUCUCUGGUUUCAGGUCCCUCGUGUCACUGAGCAUUCGCGAUGGGGAUGUCACGCCGCAGUCGUCGUUUGCCGAGGGUGGUUUCGGUGUGUGGUGGUCCUUCGGGUCAUGCCUCCGGUCGCUGGAGUACAACGAUAGCGGGUGCACUGCAUAUGGCGUGCUGCUGGAUGAGCUGCCGGCGACCUGA